AUGUCGACUUCUGGUGACAGCAGUGAUUCCUUCUUCGCGCUCUACAGAUACACGCCUUCUCUGGAAGCCGCUGCUUUAACGGGGACACUUUUUUCGAUUCUCUCCAUUGUCCAUAUUGUCAAACUUUGGCAAACGAGGUCGUUUUGCUUUAUCCCCUUCGCCAUAGGAGGCAUUUUUGAGGCUGUAGGCUACUAUGGCCGAAUCUGGUCACACUUUGACACGACUGCCAUUGGUGGAUUCGUCCUGCAGUCCCUUCUGAUCCUCGUGGCUCCGGCCCUUUUCGCUGCCUCGGUUUACAUGAUACUCGGGCGCACAAUUCGCGCUGUUCAUGCCGAGCACCAUUCAGUCAUUCCCAUCAAAUGGCUCACUAAGCUUUUCGUGGUCGGCGACAUCGUGUCAUUCUUUGCCCAAGGCGGUGGCGGUGGCAUUCAGGCGGCUGGAACUCUGGAAUUGUAUGAGGCGGGUGAAAAGAUCAUCCUUGUCGGUCUGUUUAUUCAGAUCAUCAUGUUUGGCAUCUUCAUCGUUAGCGCCAUCGUCUUCCACCGCCGUACCGUGCUGCGCCCAAACACCGAGGCAAGAGAAGGUCCAGUCCAGUGGAAGAAUCAUAUGUGGACCCUGUACUGCAGUCUAUUUGGCUUUUGGACUUCCAAAUUUGACAUCGCCAGAACCACCCCUUCCGACCUGCCUACAUGCAAGAGCAAGAUUAGUGAGAACCGACUGGAUUGGUGGUCUGCGCCCGAAUACGAGCGACCUGGUUGGGCCGUCGAAAACGACAAACCCGAGGUCACCACCUUCAAGAUUCGCACAACCCAAAUUCCUCCCAUCAGCUCAGCCGAGUUGCCCGAGUCGCCUCGGGACGAAGCCGAGCCAUGUCACGCGCCACGUCGAGAAGAUCCCAUCCAAAGAGCCGCACCGGUUGUGCGACAUUGUGACGAGUUCAGGCCUGCGUGCGGUAACUGUGUCAAGCACAAUGUUGAGUGCGACUUCAUCGACGCGGCGUAUCACGCAGCGAGCUCGUCUCCAGGAUCCUCUCAGGGGCUAGAUAUGCAAAACCUGGAGCUGCUACACAACUUCACAACAAGGACCUUUGCCACUCUGUCUGACAGCAACAUAAUCCGAGACUUCUACCGGGUGUCCGCCGUGCAGCUCGGACUGCGAUUGCCCCUGAUGACCGACACGGAUCCUACUACAGCAGAAAGGCUCUUUCUCUUUUCUGCUCUCACCAUCUAUUUCGCUUUGGCUUGUCCGCGGAAAGGCGAUGGCGCUCUGCUAGUCGGUGAGAGCGGGUAUCCAGAUUGGCUAUUCCUGCUGCAAGGCACGCGCGCAUUCACCCGCAUCCUAGGCCCUGGAGUUGACGGUCCCGUGGCUCCUCUUUUCAAUCACGGCGCCGAUCGUUGGCUGGCUCGAGACCCGAAUCCCGAGCCCGUGUCACGCGUACACGAACAUUUAGACAGCAUGCGGUCCUUAAUUGCUCUACGCCAGCACGAUGUGGACUUGCGCAAUAUCUACUUCAAGGCAAUUGAUGAGCUGGCAAAGUCGUUCUCAGUCUUCGACAAGGCAGGCGGCGGCCAAUGCGACUUGACUGACGCUUUCGUGUGGAUCUUCGAAGUUGCCGAGGACUUCCUGCCACUGCUGAGGGAACCGACGCAGGAAGCCGUGGCUAUAAUGGCCUUCUUCGCCGUACUCCUUAAGAGACUCGAGAAACAAUGGUGGCUGCGAGGCUGGGCGGAUCAUUUAAUUACUAAAUCGUACAACCUGUUGGACGACGAACAUCGUCUUUGGGUCCAAUGGCCGCUCCAGGAGACAGGUUACGUGUCAUAG